AGGAAAACAAAAAAAUUAAUAAAAUUUGGAGGCAUUUGCCAUGUGGAAGAAGCAGUGGGAAUUUCCCAUGGCUCUAUUGUCUUUUGCUACCGUUUCCUCCACCACCACCACCACAGCGACCAUGGCCAUAAGCAAGAUAUGAAAAAAUAGAGAGAGACGUUUCCAGUUGAAUACAAAAACAGCACAAACGGGAAGAGAGGCAAAUCACAUUGAAGAAGAGCUGCCUGCUCCGUUACGCCCUCCCUCGCUUUGUUAUUCUUAAUAGGCCAUUUGGGUGUUUCCUAAUUUCAAUAUAUAUUUUUUUUCUCCCUUUCUUUUAUUUGGGUUUCCCUCUUUCUCUGUCUCUCUCUAUACAGACCCAUUUUGCUUUAAAGCCUCUGCAUCUACUUUGCCUGUUUUGAAUUGGGUGCUUAAAAGGAAGGAGAGUGAAUUUUAGGCGAAUUACCAGUUUUUUAUCUGUUCUUUUUUUGGUGAUUUUAAGAGAGAAACAGAGGGGUGUAUAGAGAUGGAGGAGAGUGUAUUGUUUCAAUGGACGGUGUUCAGAUCUCUGCUUGCUAUUAUUCAGUGGUGGGGAUUCAAUGUUACAGUGAUUAUCAUGAACAAGUGGAUCUUCCAGAGAUUGGACUUCAAGUUUCCACUCUCAGUAUCUUGUAUUCACUUCAUAUGCUCAUCAAUUGGAGCAUAUCUCGUAAUCAAGGUGCUGAAGCUGAAACCACUAAUUGUGGUUGACCCUGAAGAUCGCUGGCGAAGGAUUUUUCCUAUGUCAUUUGUAUUCUGUAUCAACAUAGUUUUGGGAAAUAUAAGCUUACGCUACAUUCCAGUUUCAUUUAUGCAAACAAUCAAGUCAUUUACUCCAGCAACCACUGUUGUUUUGCAGUGGUUAGUCUGGAGAAAAUACUUCGAUUGGAGAAUUUGGGCUUCUUUAGUACCUAUUGUUGGAGGAAUAUUACUCACCUCUGUUACUGAGCUUAGCUUUAACAUAUUUGGAUUUUGUGCUGCCUUACUUGGAUGCUUGGCCACUUCAACGAAGACAAUCCUUGCAGAAUCUCUUCUGCAUGGAUACAAAUUUGACAGCAUAAACACAGUUUACUACAUGGCGCCCUUUGCAACUAUGAUACUUGGAGUACCGGCAAUACUUCUUGAAGGUAAUGGGAUUGUAGAUUGGUUUUACACUCAACAAUCAGCCUGGUCUUCCCUUGUCAUCAUUUUCACCUCUGGGGUGCUGGCGUUUUGUCUUAACUUCUCCAUCUUCUACGUGAUUCAUUCCACGACUGCAGUUACAUUCAAUGUUGCUGGAAACCUUAAGGUUGCAGUUGCUGUGUUCGUUUCAUGGUUGAUUUUCCAGAAUCCAAUUUCAGCUUUGAAUGCUGUAGGAUGUAGUAUUACACUUGUGGGAUGUACAUUCUACGGGUUUGUGAGGCACCUGCUUUCUCAACAGCCACCACCGCCUGGAACACCCCGGACUCCGAGGAAUCGGAUGGAAUUGCUUCCCCUUGUAAAUGAUAAAUUAGAUGACAAAGUCUAAAAAAGAAUUUGGCUCUAGCACUUGGCAUAGGAUUAAUACAAAUAUAAGGGGCAAACUGGAAAAACUUCAGUUUGCUGUGUGCGAAUUCAGCAUAAAAUUUUAAUAUAUAUAUUUCUUUUCUUGUUUAGAAAGAAAGUUUUCAA